AUGGUGCGUCUCAUAACGUUAGUGAGUGUGCUGUUGGUGUUCGGUGGAGCAAUCGCCGAUUUGCCUGGUCUGGCAACUCCAGAACAGGGCGUUCUUCAUGCAGCAUUGAAACCGAACGAGCGCGAAUCGUUGGAUGAUUGCCAUCUACGAUACUACCAUUUGGGGAGCGGAGGUGCUGUUGCUCCCGCCGAAGGAAGACCUGCGUACUUGCGAGAAUUCGCCCAUAUUGGAGCGAUUGGAUGGACGCAGCCGGGCCGAACCAUCAAGUGGAGUUGUGGUGGAUCGCUGAUUUGGGAAAAUUUUGUGCUCACUGCCGCCCACUGUGUCGCCGAUGAAGACAAUAAACCGCCGACGGUUGUUCGCUUUGGUGAUCUUAACCUAUACAACGAUACAGAUGAUGCGUUUGCUCAACAAUACGAUAUCGUGGAGAUCAUACGCCACCCGGAGCACCGGUUCAGUGCCAAGUACCAUGACGUUGCUUUGAUCAAGUUGGAGAAAAAUGUGAUAUUGAAUGACACCGUUGCUCCAGCAUGUCUCUGGGACGCAGAGGAGAUUCGUUUUAAUUCUUUCGAGUCUGCAGGAUGGGGUGCCACCGGUGUUGGACAAUCUCAAACACCAAUUUUACUGAAAGUUACCCUGCAACCGGUUGAGAAGAGCAAAUGUGACCAAACGUACCGCGUUGGUGAUCGCGGUUUGAAAGAGGGCCUCCAGGAUUAUCAGCUGUGUGCGGGUGAUGCAAAGAUGGACACAUGUCCGGGUGACUCGGGAGGUCCACUGCAAGUGAAGCUGCUGCAUAACGCCAAAAUGACGCCAUUCAUCGUAGCGGUAACAUCGUUUGGGUCGUUCUGUGGCCAGUCCGCUCCCGGGGUUUACACAAAGGUGGCUCCGUACAUCCCUUGGAUACGCUCCGUUUUAGAAAACCAUGGUGAAAACGCUCCUGAGUGGAAAUUUAAGCCUCAUGCCUGCGCCGUGCGAUACGUCCAGCUGAGAGAGUUUGAACCUGAUAUAGUGGCAUCCAAAUCCGACACUAUCGAGUCCCUGGACUAUCGUGGCGUGCACAUCAAUGUUGAAGAUAUUCCCUCGACCGUGGCAAUACGUUGGGAUGAGAAUAGCACCUUGGACAACUGUAACGGCGUGUUGAUUGAUGAAGAUACCGUCAUUACUUUGGCCGAAUGUGCCUCUUCGAAUGGGAAAUCUCCCAGCCGUGUGGUCGUGCUUGACAUUCUUCAAAGAGAAAUUGAACGCGUCCAGGUGCAUCCACAGUAUGCCAGUGGAUCGGUGUAUAAUAAUAUAGCUGUACUCAAACUUGCGAAGCCAUUUGUUUUCGAUGAACUAUUUCUCCCCUCCUGCCCAUGGUAUUUUAAAAACAUACCGAAUGACCAGUUCGAAGUAACGGGAAGAGGACGGACGGAUCUUAAUCAAAUUCCCUUCGGUGGAUUGGAGAUAGGCAUCGGUGCGAACACCGUUAAUUCAAGUUUAACAACGUUGGUAUCGAGGACAAGCCAACGUACCGCUGAUAAUUGUACAUUACCGACGGACUAUAAACAUCUCAUGACCAACGGUUUGGCAGAUGAACAUCUUUGCUUCCGCAACGAUCUGUUCCUGGUGCCGGAGGCUUGCGAGCAGUUGCUUGGCGGUGCUAUUCAGCGUAAAGUGUUUCGUCUUUCCAAGUACUUCAACCACGCGUACGCGCUUAAUCUGCUCGGAAGGGACUGUGGUUACGGGCAGGCGGCAUUAGGGGUGAAGCUUGGCAGUCACACCGAGUGGUUGAGUAAGAUCCUGCUUACCCAUCGACGGCAGGACAUUGGCGCGAUACAAUUUUUCAAUACGGAUCUGGACCUCAACGACCACUGCAAGCUGCCAGAUGGAGACGUCGGAGUGUGCACUGACACACGGAGAUGUCCGAAGGUGCAGUACGACUUUACCGUCCAGAGGCAGGUGACGCUCUGUGCCAACGGAACGAUCGUGUGUUGUCCAUUCCACCAUGUGCUCAAUGCAACUGAGGGCGCUGGGAGUGAACUGGAUGAAUGUUCAUCGCGGUACAAAUCCGUCCACAAGGAGGGUAUUUUCAAUCCGUACGGAGCGUUGGACUUCGAGGAACAGUUUCCACAUGUGGUAAUGAUUGCUUGGAAAACCCUAAAUGGAUCGUUCGAUUUUUGUAUCGGAACGCUGAUUUCGCAAAGUAUGGCCCUGUCUACAUCAAGUUGCCUAUCGCGGAUAGACUCCAACGAGGUUGUGGUGAAGCUAGGCUGGGAAAAAACGGCACCAACGCUGUGGGUGAGCAAGAUCACGUUCCAUCCCCGGUUCGAGGAAACCACUCUGCGUAACGACAUUGCUAUUGUGAGGAUAGCCGGCACAGUCGCUCCGGAGAGUGGAAAGACACCGGCAUGUCUGUGGCAGAAUCAAACGCACACCCCGUUCCAUCUAAGGCAGUUUGUGUUGACAGACCUACAAUACCUGAACAGCUAUCCCAAGUACAACAAGGACUGUGAGGUGUUUCGUCACUAUGGCAACCGAAGUCUGGAGGCGACGCAGCUCUGUGCGGACCUGGAGAUCACCGGCUACCCGAUCGUUUCCGGAGAGCCUUCGUUCUGGCAGCAGCGGCUGGACGAUAGUGGAACGGUAGUCCACUUCCUCGUUGGUAUCGUGAGUUACGUUUACCCGGCGAUGACCGUUCAGACGCGUGUCGAAUCUUAUGUCGAUUGGAUCAAGAGCCAGAUGUAG